AUGCUGGCCCGUCGGCGCCCGCUGUGGUUCGUGUGGGACCCCUCGGGCGUCGUGAUCGCGCUAUUCGCUUGGGUGCUGGUGUUCGGUUUACUGGUGGCGGUUCUCGCGUCUAUUUCGCAGUGGGUGGGGCUGUUGUCACUCAUGGGGCUGACCGAAGGGGUCUGGUUCACGGGGCUCUUCGGCAUGUGCCUCUGGUGCCACAUCGUGGUGCUCACUAGCAACCCCGGCACGGAGAUCGAGGAGGAGAUGCCACUGAAUGAAUACGAGGAAUGCGAGGACGACGGCUCGCUGCUCAUCUACUGCGACGAAUGCGAGAUCUACAGGCCAACGAGGGCCACGCACUGCCAUACUUGUGAACGAUGCAUUGUGCUCCAAGAUCACCACUGUCCCUGGGUGAACAAUUGCGUGGGGAUCGGCAACCAAAAGGCGUUUCUCUUGAUGCUGCUAUACGUGACGGCCACAAGUGUGCAGGCGGCGCUGCUGGUGUUGAUGCAGUACGCCAUGUGCUCGCGUGGCAAGUACACGUGCGGCCUGCAGAGCGACCAGUUUCCUGGCAAGUUGGGCGGCUGGAUCCUGGCUGCUGCCGCCGUGUUUGGAAUCUUCUGCUCGCUCAUGCUCACCAUGGAGCUGUAUAAUAUUUAUCAGGACCCGCUCUUCACAUUGAUCGCCGAUCAGAUUGCAGCUCGCCGUGGUGGGGACAAGUCCACGUCGAGACUAGAGCGACAUCUGAGCGUCAUCUGCGGGACGGACGGCAUGCGGGCCUCUUGGGUUUUCCCGCCGCCCGAGCGACGCGCUUUACAUGACAUGGAGAUCGUGCAGGGCUUCCGAUGCCGACCAGAUGACGCCGAGAUCUGCUGA